AGCUACCGCAGUUGUUGGCGUUUUAUGCCAUGUUGUAGUCGCUCCAUCUAGGGUGAAUCGAAACAACAGUGUUUAUCGCUUUUUAUGGUUUUUUAAUUAGUGACACACAAGUCAUUGCUAUUAUUUUCUUGUGAGAUAUCUCUGAUUACACUGACUACCGGACAAAUCAGAAUCAUCCAAAAUGCAAAACAUGUGACAGUAGUGGCAUCGUAUUUACUCGUGUUGUGACCGCGUUUUGGUGCUCGUCGAUCAAUCAAGAUGUUUUCCAAAAACAAAGUUUCUUCUAGUCAUGGAGGUAGAGGUCGUGACUUUAAAGGAAUAGUGAGUACGCGGGCGAGCGCGGCCGCGGGCUCCGGUCCGGCGGCGUGCGGCAUGGAGUGCGGCGGCGUGGCGGCGGCUGCAGGUGGAUUUCCUGCGCACGCGCCGCACCCUGCGCACCCCGCCAUGUCUCCAACAGAGCGAUCGCCGGCCAAAACUGGACUCCAUGUCAAUUUCAGUGAUAAAGGCGAGGUAAAGGAACGAAGAGAGAAGUUCCUGACGGCAAAAUACGGCAGUCACCAAAUGGCUCUAAUACGGAAGCGGCUAGCCGUCGAGAUGUGGCUAUAUGAUGAGCUGCAAAAACUCUACGAGAUUCCUAAGGAAAGCUCAGGAGGCAGCGCGGGCGCAGCCUCGCAGGAGGUGGAGGUGGACAUCGACGAGCUGCUGGACAUGGACAGCGACGACUUGCGCCGCAGACACCUCGUGACAUUGUUAUCAGAUGCCAAAAAACCUCAAAAGGAUGUAAAUAAAUUUAUCAACGAUCUACUAGAGAAGGCGAAAACUCUGUAAGAACAAAGUCACUUUCGUCAACGAACCAUAGUAAUGGUGCUCGGCGGCCGGCGGACUUAGUAGCGAUAAGUUAGCGGGCGCCGUUUGUGAUAAUGUAUGAUUGAAGGUUUGGUGAAGCGGCGGUGGCAAAUAGUUGUGGAGAUCAUUUGUACUCGAGCUUGUUUUGUUACGAGUGUGAUACGAUGGGAGAGAUCACUACAUGCCAUCUCACGACGUAGUAAAUUUUGUGUGAUGGCCGAUGCGUCAUGUUCUUAAGGUCAAGUCUACGAAAAGAUCUGUCAAAUCUCUCAGAUUUGUUAUAAGGGUACAGUUAAUUCUUUGUACUGAGUAUCUACCUGCAAUCAAUUUUUAACUUGAAAAAUUUGCGGUUUUAUUUCGACUAAAAUCGCAAGCGGAAAAAUUACCGGUUACCUAGUUAAGAUAACUGAAGUGAAUCUAACGUCGAUAAUUUUCACCGCUGUAUGUAGUAUGAUUUGCCAAAGCCUACAGAAUAUUAGCAACGGAUCUGUUAUAUAAUACGUUGCGUUCUUAUUCUUUAGCUCGAUCCUCCAUCGGACGUACAUACAUAUCAUUCAGCCUUCAUACACAAUAAGUUUCAUUGCGCGGGACGAAGGCAAAGUACAUGAUGAUGAACACAAAUGAUUACUCAUUCACCAUUAUGUCUGUAAAAGAAAUAUUUCAUGCAAAGGUUACUAAUGAUAUUACUAAUUUCUCUUAUCGUCUAGUAUUGCAUAUAUUUAAGUGUGUGCUUGCUCGUCCCGCGUAGCGGCACGCCGCGCCGCGACUUUUGCUUGUCCGUGGUCUUCGGUUGUAUUAUCAAAGUUUGAGAUCAAAGAUAAGUAUGGUAUUGUAGCAAAUAAUCUCUUUCUCAUCCAAAUAGUAGCUCCUACGACUGCGCAGUUUCCUUUGUAUGCCCCACUUUGGUCAGGCUCCUAUUUCCUCUUCCACUUAAAUUUUUUUAAGAGUGGCUGAGACACCACAGGAGUAAUAAUACCUUACUAGAUGUGCUAUGACUGACUGUUUCUACCUCCCUUUAUUGGCCUGAACCUGUCCACGUGCAUUGUCUUGUCGUAAGAGAAAGAGUUAGAUUUACGGUUUAGUGUGUAAUGCGUAUACAAAUAAGAUGACUAAAUAAAUAAUUAUAGUCGCCAUUAUAGCUUUGUUAGGUACCAUGCCUUUGUGAUAUAACGAGAUCAGUGUGCUGGGUCACGUAAACGCUUCACUGUUAGCUGAAUCGUAUUUAGUACCACUAUUAGCGAGGACAAUAGGUAAUACCUUCGUGAAUAUUAUAGAUAGCAAAUCUAGAAUUUUAGCUCGAUGAACCUUCAUACAGAUAAUAUUGUUUAAAAAUAUUUUUAACUAGAGGCCGCCCGCGACUUCGUCCGCAUGGAAACCCUAUCAAUCCCGCGGGAACUCUGGGAUAAAAAGUAGCCUAUGUGUUAUUCUGGGUCUUCAGCUACCUACAUACCAAAUUUCAUGGUAAUCGGUUCAGUAGUUUUUGCGUGAAAGAGUAACAAACAUCCAUACAUCCAUACAAACUUUCGCCUUUAUAAUAGUAGUAGGAUAUUUAUCUACUUAGGUAUACCGACAUACCUACCGUAUGUCGAAAAUAGCAGGUUUCUUUUUAGGGUUCAUAAAAUUACAAAUAAAAAUUUUAAACUCUUAUUUUAUUCAAAUGUAUUUAAUUCUUAUCAAACCAGAAAAACGUUGCCUCAUUAUUUAAUUUAACAGUCGAAGAUAUUUUAACUUUAGUAAGAUAAAAGCAAUGUAAUGUAGUGUAUUUGAGUGUUUUACAAUGUCGCAAUAUGCCUGCGAAUAAACCAAAGCGUAGCAAUAACGAAAUACAAAUUAAAGGUACAAUGUCUAUAGGUGCCUAUUUUAUCAUUUUAAUUACCGCGAUGUGUAAGUGAAUUCGAUUAUGUUAUUAAUCUUGUUUGGAUACGGACUGCAAUCUAAAUGGCAGAAUGUGAAACCCUGUAAAAACUACUGAAAUAAAAUGUUUGAAGAGUUUUUACUGAACAUGGAAAAACAAAAUAGAAAAGAACGUACGCCAAAUACGUUUAAAUGUUCUAUGUAAUUCCUCGGAGCAAGUAUUGAUUCAUGGUUGAUCAUUGUUCUUUCAGGGUCCUUGACUAAUACAAAAAUUUUUUAAUCGAGCAAUUUGCAGUAACUGAAUUGCAUUGUUUGUUCUUAAAUGCUGAUGUCUGUAUUUUGCCUGACAUUGAAUUUCACAGUAUUGUAAUGUAGUGAGUGUAUUGUAAGCGACAGUGAAGUCGCGCCGGCGCCGAGGGGCACGGCCGUAGUAGGCGCACUGUCCGUUGUUGAAGGCCUUUUUGUAUUAAAUCAUUUUAAUAAUAAA